AUGUGCACAGAAUUGUGCGCAGCAGCAUGGAGAGCACUUUGUAUAAUGAGCAUCAGUAUUACUUUCUUAGGCAUCUACCUGACGGUUGUGAUGGCCAUCACGUCCAUUUCUGUCGUAGUCACGGUUGUGGUCCUCAACUUCCAUUAUCGUGGUCCCAGCAGAAAGGAGGUGCCCCCCUACCUCAGGGAACUCAUCCUCCAAAGAUUCGGUUCUUGUUCCUGCUUCCGUUCCCCUUCUAAGAAGGUCAAGAGAAACGGAAAUGCUUAUGAUUUGCCACCUACAUUCAGAGCCGAAUCUUUUCGUCUGACCAUCGACAGCCUUCACGAAGAGCUAAAAGAGAUGAAUUCGGAUCUCUCGUGCAACGAAUCUGGGAUGUCUGCCAGUGGACACAACGUUGGCGAUCUAUCUACCAACAAGCGCCGUAUGCCAACAAACAAAUCCCAAGUCAAUGGUUCAUCCCCAGGAGGAGGUUGUGGAGGACCGGGCGGAACACAAGUGCAAGAAGAAAUUCUGAGGACACUCAAAUACCUUUUAUAUCGACAGGAACAAGAAGAUUACCGUGUGAGGGUGGUCAACGAAUGGAGGCAGAUGGCGCUAGUAAUUGAUCGCAUCCUGUUCUGGAUAUUCUUUGUCGUGACGGUUGUAUCUUCCUUGUCGUUCUUGGUCAUCGUACCUUUGCACAGGCGCGGCUUGCAGUUUACUUAAACUGUUACUUUACAAGAGCGAAAGAACAAAGAAGAAAUCAAAUGGCUAUUUUAAUUGACGUCCAUAUAAGUAAAUGCUCACCAAAUGCAAGAAGAAAAUUUCAAAUCUUGCGCCAAGGCAGUAACUGAAAGCAGUUCUUUCGUAAGCCAAAUUUCAUGGCACAAAUAACUCUGGUUCUUUAUCUGGUACUGUCAAACGCCAAAUUUAACUCUCUGUCAAUACUAUGGAAAGUAACAUAUAUACAUAGCAUAAUUUAUCCGUAAGAUAUCUAUGUGACUUUUAUUAGUUAAAGAAACGGCUAAAAGGCAUCUUCACAAAACUAGUGGGUAUUAAUAUUAAUGAAAGUUAGAGAGCUUAUUUUGAUAGCUGCAUUUGCCUGGUGUCAAAGAUGAAAUUUACGAUUUUACAUUCUAGUCUCCUAUAUGUAUGUAGUAAAACUGUGUUAGUUUUCAACAAAUCAUGUAAGUGGCAUUUUACUGUAUAACUAUUCUUCAAGGUGUACAGGGAACCAAAAGGUUAAACAUGAAGUUGAUUAAAGCGAUCAGUGAUAUAUCUUAGCCACUCAACACCAAACUUUUAUCACCAAAACUUUGAUUUUUUUUUUCAAUCUGUUUAGAUUUUUUCAAUCUGUUUAGAGAUCCGAAGUUUUUUUUUUUUUUUCAUUAAUAGUGAGCUAACCAUGGAUUGUAGUGAUCAUAACGCAAAAUUCGUUAUAAUUUUGAGAACUCAUUUUUAACUUCAUAUUAAAUAUUAUUCAUAACAAAUAAACUGUACAACUAUUACUGAAGCUGUGCAGUGCGCCGAUAAGAUAAACAGGAAGUUGAUUAAAGCGAUAUUGUAUCUUAGACAUUCAACUGCUUAUCACAAAACUUACUUUUUUUUCAAUCUGCUUAGAGAUCUAAAGGAUUUUUUUUAACUUCAUAAUAAAUAUUAUUCAUAACAAAUAAACGGUACAACUAUUACUGAAGCUGUGCAAUGCGCCGAAAAGAUAAACAGGAAGUUGAUUAAAGCUAUCAGUGAUAUAUCGUAUCUUAGAUAUUCAACUCCUUAUCACAAAACUUAUUUUUCAAUCUGUUUAGAGAUCUGAAGGUUUUUUUUUUUUUUCAGUAAUAAAUAAAUAUUAUUCAUAACAAAUAAACUGUAUAAUUAUUAUUUAACCUGUGCAGUGCGCCGAAAAGAUAAACAGGAAGUUGAUUAAAGUGAUCAGUGAUAUGUUGUAUUUUAGAUAUUCAACUGCUUAUCAGAAAACUUAUUUUUUUCAAACUGUUUAGAGAUUUGAAGUGAUUUUUUUUUCGAUAAUAGUGAGCUAGCUAUGGACUGUAGUGAACAUAAUACAAAAUUCGUUAUAAUUUUAAGAACUAAUUUUAAACUUCAUAACAAAUAAACUAUGCAACCAAUACCAAAUUUUAUCACCCUAAAAAGAGCAAACUCACUAUGUUUUUAUACUUUUCAAAGAAACAGUCUAUCUACUGUUGCUGACACGGUAAAAAUCUGUGCGAUAAUUCGUUUUGUACUGUACUACACCUGUGUCAGCAUAUAACUGUACACUAGAACAAUAGUACCGCUGAUGCAAUUACGAAGAUUAUGGAUAUUAGAAAGGAACGCAGACAAAGAUUCUUUUCCACUAACUUUCCCAAGAAAAAUGUCACAUGCUAUUAACUCCGAAGACGACCACCAAACACAACAUCACUUCGUCACUUGCAUCUUAUCCACAUUUGUGACAUAUUUUCAUUGAAAUACUUUUUCAAAUGAUCUGUGUUUUCGCGGAAACGUAUUAUUGGAAUAUUCUCGUGAAUGAUUUAGAUAACGAUCUCUGUGUUAAUAAAACAGACAACUGCAUUCUUGGAAUUGAUAAUCACCUUUUUUCCAUUUAACCGCGAAAUUAACAAUCUACCAAGCUUCUCGAAAUAAAUCCUUCUAAUAGCACAAAAUUGGACUUUCUGAAAUAACAUGCCGAUUUUUUUCCAUAUUUCGAUUCUACGACUACAAUUUUGCCUAGAUAUUAAAUUUUGUAAAUUUUGGUGCGAAAUUUAUGGAGAA